GCAUUAAAUUAUUCUAUAGUAUUGAACUUAUAUCUAAUUCAGUUGCGUGGAAAAUAGUCUUACUUCGCUUCAUUAUAUUGCCGAUAAUUGUUAUUAUUUUGAAGAGAUUUAUGAUGUUGAGAAGACGCAAGUCGUUGGACGCAACCCCGAUGGCAGGGAUUGGGGCCCCCGCCCCCAGGAGGAGUAACGUCCCCCUGGCGACCAGGGGCGAGGGAGGUUGUAGUGCGGUGGCUGUUGCAUCAACAUGUUCUGCAGUGGGGCCAGCCAUUGGCCCGAGUGGGGCGCAGCUGGUUGGGCCAGCGGACACAGCGCACGAGGCGCCCCUCAGGAGCCACGGGGCCCCACUCGAGGGUGGGCCCGGGAGUGUCAAACUCGAGCGCAGAGUGGGUCUCUGGAGUGGAGUGGCCCUCAUCGUAGGAGCCAUGAUAGGGUCGGGGAUUUUCGUGUCCCCGCAGGGGGUCCUGCAGCGCACCCAGUCUGUGGGGCUCAGCCUGUUCGUCUGGGGCCUCUGUGGAGUCUUUUCCAUGUUGGGCGCUCUAUGCUACGCAGAGCUAGGCACGGUUCUCCCAGAAUCAGGUGCAGAAUAUGCCUACUUUUUAGAAACCUUCGCGCCGGUUAAGGAACGCAAAGAAAAACUUUUGAGUCAACAAGGAGUACAGAACUUGGCUUUCAACAGUGAUGAAAAACACGAUGAUUCACGCCCAAGUCAUGGCGCUCGAACUAGGGUCAUCCUAACAGGGCCUUCUGAUUGCCUGGCGGGCUAUCAGUCAACUGCGCAAACAGUUAUGCAUUCAAGUCCAGCCAAUCAGGAGACCUCAAUUUCAAAAUCCGCCAAUAAAGAAGCCACUCCCAGGCAGAGUCUGUUCAAGUCACCGGCUCAUUGGUGCACGCAGGACCCGCUGCCUGCCGUUUACAGAGGUGCCUGGUAUCGGCCGCUACCCGCUUUCCUCUUCAGUUGGGUUUCUGUUUUACUGCUGACGCCUUCAUCCCUCGCCAUCCUCACCCUGACGUUUGCCGAAUACUUAGUUGAGUGUUUCUCUGUCGGUUGCGUGGACUUCAUUGCGCCAAGAACAACCGUGAAGUUGUUUGCUGUCUGCUGCAUUAUGCUGAUUACGUUCGUCAAUUCGUACUCGGUGACCCUGGCCACUAAGGUGCAGAAUGUGUUCACGGCGGCCAAGCUGCUGGCGAUCCUCGUUAUCGUCGCGGGUGGGAUCUACAAACUCGCCCAGGGCAACACGCAGUACCUGGCGACGGGCUUCACGGGCUCCACCAACAAGCUGGGGGAUGUCGCCACCGCCAUCUACAGCUGCCUCUGGGCCUACGCUGGAUG